UACCACUGGAACCACAAAUGUUGAGCAAAAGAUGAAGGAAAUAAGGGACGUUAAGAAGGAUGGAAAAGUAAGAAAAUGGCAGCAAGCGGACCUUGGUCUGCCCCAGAGGCGAGCAGAGGGUGAUCAGACAGUUUUCAGAGUGCAUAAAGUAGUCAAAGUAUUUUCCUUCUGUAAAAGGAACAACUUGCUAUUAACCGGUGGAAUGGAUCGAAUAAUUCGAAUCUGGAACCCUUACAUUCCAGGAAAACCAACAGGCAUGCUGAAAAGCCACCUAGCUCCAGUGUUUUACCUCCACAUCUCAGCAGAGGAGAAGAGAAUAUUUUCGAUGUCCACUGACAAUACAGUUAAGGUCUGGGAUCUAGAGAACCACAACUGCUUGUUCACUGCCUGCCCCAAAGCCAGUGACAUCCAGGGGGAGCUUACAGCUUGUCACUACCUGUCCAACAUCAAAGCACUGUGUGUUGCCACAGAUUCUGUCUCUCUCCUGCAUCUAAGGAUGAGAGCUCGCCCUGAGCCUCACCUGGUGGUUUCUCACAAAGAGCCCAUAGUGUGCUGCAGAUACAACAAGACAUUUGGACAUGUGGUUAGCUGCUCAGAAGGAUCUGUGAUUAAAGUGUGGGAUUUUGAAACAGGAAUGUUGUUGUCUGAAUUUAUUGGAGCUCAUGGCAAUGAAGACAUCACCUGCCUGACUUUUGAUUCCAGUGGGAGAAGGCUGGUCACUGGUGGCAGAGACGGAUGUUUAAGAAUCUGGAACUACAACAAUGGGCAUUGUCUGAAAACUCUGACCCAAGAUGAAAAGCACAAUGAAGUCUGUGACUGUACCUAUGUAGAAGUAUAUCAGAAUAAGUACAUCAUAGCUGUGGGAUGGGACAGAAGAAUAAACAUGUAUUUUGAUUCUCCUCAUGACUUCCAUCACUUCUGGAAGCCUCAGCCACAUUGGCCGGAUGAUCUAACCCGAGGACACAAGGAUGAUAUUUUAUGUGUGGUUCAGUGCCCACCUUCUCUUCUUGCCACCUCUAGCUAUGAUGGGGAAAUUAUCAUUUGGAAUAUGAUCUCAGGACACAUACAUUGCAAGCUAAACACACCUGUCCCUACUCACCACUCUGAAGACCCAGAAGACAGAAGUGUUUCUCAUCUCACAUUCCUAAAGACCCGUGCAGCCAAAUUUGAAUCAAGAGCUGCUUCUCUCAUUUCCAAUGGGCCCCAAGGUUCUGUUACCUUCUGGAGUCUUUUCAGUGGGGCCCAGCUCGUAGCCAGCUUCAUACCUUCCAGAGGAAAAUCCCAGAUCAGCAGCAUUGUGGUGACGACAGGAGACACCUGUGCCUAUGUGGCAGACAAGCUGGGUUAUGUAUACACCUAUGACAUCAGGGACUAUGCCCUUGAGGGACCUAAGCAAGAACCACCCAAAAAUGUCAAGUUCUGGCGAGCCCAUGUUAAUGCAGUCACAUCGUUAGAGCUGAUAGAGAAAGAAAAGGCUCUAUUGUCUUCCUCCGUUGACUGUAUAAUUCGUCUAUGGAGCAUGGAUGGAGAGUAUAUAGGGACUUUUGGACAGAGUGAGCUCUGGGAUGUUUUUACAUCUGCCUCCUGGAAGCAUCCUAUGGUGCCCUAUGAAAUCCUGAUAGAUCCACAGAGUAUGCCAGUUCACCAAGUGUCAGCAGAAGAUGUUUCAGCUCUACAGAUUGAUCAUAUGGAGGAAGACAAAGUAAUACAGGAGAAAUCCAGUGCCAAGGCUGAACAGACUUCAGACCUCAACAUCCUUGAAGAUCCUCCCACUGAUCUUGAAAUAAAAAAAGAAAUUAACAUGCAAGCUCCUCAGAAAAUGAGGUUGCCACAAGAACAGAAAAAGAAUUCCAACAGGCCAUUUAACUCUGGAUGGCACAAUGCUUAUCACACACUCAAAUGUCAUGAAGUUGCCAAUAUUCCACCUAUAGGAAGAAAACCAGAUGUGUCUAUUAUUGGUACAGACUUUUUUAAAGUGAUAUUAAAGAAAAGGGUAACUAAAGUUACUUCAAAGGACUGAUCAUUUAACUGCUCCCUAGGAAUCUGAUUGCUAGAAAAACUUAAAAUGUUUUCUCUUCCUCUUAAUUUUGUCUUUUUGAAUACUAGAGAAACUUGUGUUUUCUUUUACUCACAACUUUCCUUCACUGCAAAAUCAAAAGGUCUAACAGAGUCUAACCCAGGGCUUCUUUUUUUAAAUUUUUUAAAAUUUUAUU